AUGGCUACGUGGUCAGUGCUGGCAGUGCUGCCUGUGGCUGCUGUUGUCUUUGGUGGGGAUGAAGAGAAGAGAGAGACGAAGGGGGAGGUGCGUUGUGGGCCAUUCUCCCUUCCCUUGCGGAUGCAGGGCGCUGCAUGUGGGAGUGUUGUCUUGAAGCGCGGCACCGCCAACUGCAACAGCGUGGCACGGGGUGGGCGGCCUGUCUUGUCUGAGUUUGCUGCCGCUCUGGGUGCGUCCGCGCGGCACUUCGUCUUGCUGCGUAUUCGGGCCUUUCUUUUGGGUUGUGUGGCUUGGUGGCGACGGUGGCGGGGUGUUUUUGCCUCCACUUUCAUGCGUUGCCGUGGCAG